AUGCCAGGCAAGAAUAUCGAUAAGGAUCUCCCAAGGCAAAUAGACGAAGCAGACCAAUUCUCUCCCGAUAGUUGGAUUCCCCGCAGUUACAAACUCACUCGUCUAACCGGAAAACAUCCAUUGAAUGCCGAAGUAAACCUCACCACUCUCUUCGACGGCGGCCUCAUUACACCCUCACCAAUACAUUACGUCCGCAAUCACGGCUCCGUCCCACAUUUGCUCUGGGAAAAUCAUAAACUUGAGAUCAUCGCUGGUAAAUGCCUACUCUUGGGAAUGGACGAACUAAAAAACCAGUUCGAAAGCAUCAACACCCCCAUCUUCCUAGCCUGCGACGGGAACCGCAGAAAAGAACUCAACAUGAUGAAGAAAACCCGUGUCUUCAACUAUACCGCAGCCGCAGCGGGGUGUUCGUAUUGGAAGGGAGUCUUACCCCGCGACGUUUUACUAGCAGCGGACAUUCAGCAACUUGCAAAAAGUAACCCGAAUAAAUCCUUCUGGGUAAACCAUAAAGGCGCUGACGAUCUCAGCGAAGGAAAAUACGAAACAUGUCUUCCACUCGACUACGCCCUCAAUUCCAAUAACGAUUGGCUGAGCAAAAUCUGGCUCACUGAUUACGAAAGUGACAGCUACUACUACAUCUACGAUAACAGGCAACUCCCGAGUUUCAUUGACGACCCCGAAUCAGAGAUCGCGCAGAUCAUGUACCGUCAUCCGAGUACGAUACGUACGACGCAGAUGCUAAAUUCUGUUAUCGUUAGGCCUGCACAGGGGGAGAGGAUUGAUUUGGCGGGUUUGAGGAAGGGUGCGAUGUAUCGGGUUGAGGGGUAUGCGUAUAGUGGGAGUGGGAAUGAGGUUGAUCGGGUGGAGGUUAGUUUGGAUGGGGGGUUUAGGUGGUUGUAUUGUGUGCGGAAGUAUCCCGAUGCGCCGAUUCGACGUGGAAGGAAAUUCUGGACUUGGCUGCAUUGGCAUAUUGAUUUGCCGGUUAGCAGGUUUAUUCGCGCGGAAAGUAUUCUGGUUCGUGCGUUUGAUGAGCAUAAGAAUACGCAGCCUCCGAAGCCUGUGUGGAAUAUCGAGGGAAUGAUGAACAACUGCUGGUACGAAGUCCGCCCCGAAACCCACGACUCCUCGGACACCUCAACAUCCCUCCUCUUCCGCCACCCCGUCGACACCGGCACCAGCACAAACGGCUGGAUGAAGCCCUCCACCUCCGAACAAAUCGAAUCCAUCAAACAGAAGGCAUCCGCCCCCGAGAAGCAAUUCACCAGACAGGAGAUCGAGAAACAUAAUACUGAGGAUGACUGCUGGAUCGUGGUUAAUGGGAACGUAUACGAUGCGACUAGUGUGCUUGGUUGGCAUCCUGGGGGUAAGGGAGCUAUUUUGGCGCACGCAGGGGCUGUGAAUAUGGAUACAACGGAGGAUUUUGAGAGUAUUCAUGAUAAUUAUGCGCAGGAUAACUUGAAGGAAUGUAUCAUUGGAAAAGUCACGCAAAAAGCAAUGGACCAUAUGAAGAAAGACGCAGAACAGAAAAAGGCAGAAAAAUCACAAACAGAGAAAAAGGAUCCUGAAGUUGCCUUAGACAAACACAACGCCUCUCAUCCGACACCCAACUAUAAACCUUCACCCUUCCACCCCCCGCCAAAAAACUCGGCCUCUCAACAGGCCAACACAUCCAACUCGGCUUCCACUUUGAAGACCGUCUCGUCACCAAUCCUCGAAACCGAAGAUGACGGCUCUUUCGACCUUGUUGUAAAAACAUACUUCCCUGAUGAGAACCAACCCGGCGGGACGAUGAGUAAUAUCCUCGACUGUCUACGCGAGGGCGAGGAGGUUGAAGUUAAGGGGCCGUCAGGCGAAAUUCGAUACUUAGGGAACAGGCGGUUCGAGGUCGAUGGCGACGAACACACGUUCAGCAACGUCACGUUGAUCCUCGGCGGAUCAGGCGUAACACCAGGCUACCAAAUCAUAGCCCGAAUCCUCAAAACUACCGACGACAAGACGAAGAAUCAAAGUCAUUGA